AUUCUAACAAUAAAAGGGAGAGGGGAAGAUUCAGCAUAAGGAGACAAUAAGCAAGCUCUCCCAGGCUUGUGUAUUGGCUUCCUUUUCUCCUGCUGCAAAUGGGCUUUCUCCAUGCAUUGGGGCACGUGGCAGCUGAUAGCUCCAGACUUGUACCCUCCCAGCUUGGUGACCCUGAAAGAAAGGCUUCUUCCCUCCAGUUCUAAUUUGUGAAAGUCCCACAGAAAGGUUCUCAGUGACUUCUGGUGAGUCCCAUACCCUCUUAGAUUAAUCACGGAAGCCAAGGCCCUGCAAUAAACCUGAUAUGGGUCAUGAGCUCUCCCCCAUCCCCCCAUGGUGGAGAUACAGCAGAGCCCAUCACCAAAGCAAGGUGCUUAGAAGGCAGAAACAAUAGCUACUGCAAACAGUAGAAGAGUCUAUAAUUAUAGACUGAUACUGUUAGAAAGGCUGUUGACAGUCUUACGUAUCCUAGGAAAGACCAGCUGGACUCCUGUCUCCAUGGUGGCUCUCACCGCUGGGACAAUCUGUCACCAGAUAAUUACCUUUAAAACUCCAGAGAAGCAAGUCUCUUUGUCUUCACAGUACUCCCAGAAGAGCGGACUGAUGGGAGAAACCUCGGUUGGGACUCUUUCCAGUUGGCUUAGGGUGGAUAGGGGCUUCACUGGCUCGUGAUGCUGAUAAGGCCAGGGCCAGAUGGGGCUUCAGGCCGUAUUCCAAGACUCACAACAGCAUCAUCAGGGAUCUGUCUCUUCAGCUCUUGACUCUGCUUCCCUUUGAGUUGGCUUCAUUCUCAGGCUUCAGGAGUGGCCCUGCAGCUCCAGUUAUUGGUAGAAAGAGCUCCCCUUCCCUUUUUUUUUUCUUUCUUAAAGUUGCUUUAUUUAUUUAUUUGAGAGAGCACAAACAGGGAGAGGGUCAGAGGCAGAAGCAGACUCCCUAGUGAGCAGGGAGCCCAAUGUAGGGCUCAAUCCCAAGAUCCUGAGAUCAUAAUCCAAGCCAAAGGCAGCCGCUUAACCAACUUAACCAGGGCGCCCCAAGAGCUCCCCUUCCUUGACAGAACCCCUGGACCAGGCUGUCAUUGGCCCAAACCUGGGCUGUAUCCAGCCUCAAGUAAUCAUUGUGGCCAGGAAGGCGGAGUGCACUGAUUGCCUAGACCUGAGGCACAUACCCACAUGGCCUGAGAGCUGGCACCUGGUGGUUGGGGUGGGGGUUGAUAUUACCAGAAGAGGAGAAGAAUGGGCAGGAAAAAUCACCUGCUGUCCAGUUCAAGCCUCUUCCUUUCCUCCGGUGUUCUUCACUUCUUCAGUCUCCCUGCCUACCCUUACCACCUGUCCAAUCUCUCAUUAACCUUGGUCUUGUCGGGGGCAGGGGGAGGGCAGUGUGCCUUAUGAGAGGUAGCUAAGCCUGGCACAGAGAGGAUGUUGCUUAGCUAAAGUGGAGUGUUCAAUAAAGAGCCAUUUAGAGGAUGCUCUUCUGCCUGGGACUCUUUCCUGUGGACCCAGUAGCACUUUGCGGAGGGACCUUUGUCAAGAUCUGGAUAAAAUUCUAGUUGUAUACUUGUGUUCUUGUCUGAGCGCACCCAGCUAUGAGCUCCUGAGGAGUCAGGUGUGAGCCUGUGGGUAUCCAGCACGUACUUAAUGGGGUGAUUAUGUGGAUAUGAGCCCCUCCUCCCCUGAGUCCCUACUCAGCCUAGAUAAGUCUCACAUUGUGGGAUCCCUGGUGCAGGGGACAAGGUUGAAUGACUGACUGGUGUGCCUCCUGUUGACUGAUCUGUUGCAUGUGGUUGCACAGGGCUUCCGUGGUCAGUUGGGAUCUGCAGUGGCUUCUGAAUUAGUCACUUUUGCAUGGGCCAUUUCACUCAAGGGCUCAAGGCCACAGUUCCCUUCUUAGUCACUCUGACCCAUGUGGCUGAUGACAGACUUGAAGUGUCUCAGACAAACAUUGCUUCUAUUUAAUACAUCCUUGGAAGUUUCUAAGCUAUAAAGAAGAGAUCUUGGUGGUUAGGGAGGCCUUUCUUGGUCUAUUGAUCUAGCCAGUGAGAGCCCAGAGGGGUCUAGAACAUGGAGCCCCAGACAUGUUUUGACUUGCCCUCAGCCGUUUUCCAGGACAAAUUAGCAUUAAUAGACCUGGUUGGUUGCCUUGGGUGAUCAGAUCUAGCUGGCUGGUCCCCUGGGGGUAGCUUCUAUGGAGCUGUGAGGCCCCUGUAAUGACAAUGGCAGUGUUGAGACAAUGUGUUAUGGCUUGGUUAUUUCAAAACAGUUGUCAGCCAAGGAAACAGUGUUCUCUGAUGGGGGCCUGGGGGCCCUUUUUUUUUUUUGGGUGAUAGUGGUGAAGAGUGUGGGCGGGCACUGGAAGCAGGCACAUCAAAAUCUGGCCCUGCUAUUUACUAGCCUUCUGACUUUGGGGAGGUUGUCUCCUCUUGUGGAACCUUGGAUUUCUCAUCCAUAAAAUGGGGAACAUGGGUAGGGGUUGUUAUGAAGAUUUAAAUGUGUCCAUACGUGUAAAGCAGGAAUCUUGGCUCAGGGUAAGCGCUCAAUGACUGGUAGUAUUAACUACUAUUAUUAGGAAGUGAUACAACUUGAGUAAAAUCCCUCAUAGCAUAAGGGACAACAUUCUUACAUAGUUUUAAAUUUAGAAUAAAAUUAAGAACAUGUGUUCAUUUAUAAUCAAUCCACCACAAAUAAGAGAUCACCCUUCGUUGCCCAGCACUUAUUAGAAAACAUUUAAUCCUCUCAGCUAUCAAAACUAUCAACUAUCUUUACAACUCAUCAUACAGAGGAGGAAACUGAUCUUCAGAGAGGUUAAGCAAAUUUGCCCAGUAUCACACAGCUCAUUAAUGACUGAGCUAGAAUCAAAGCCAAGUCUUAUCUGGCUGCAAAGUCCAUGUUUUAUGCAGUUCCCCCAACAUCCUGGGCCUCCAAAAGCACUUGGCUCAGAGGAGGAUUCUUGCUGCCCAGUCAGUUAAUCCUUUGUUUUUAAGUCCUUAAGUUUUUGCUGGUGGGUUAGCCACACCUACUUUUCAUAAUGCACUUUGACCCAGACUCUGAAGCGAGAAGAGUUAGCACAGGCCUUCUCUGCUUCUCCAAGGAGAGGAGAUGGCGUGUUCUGUAUCUCCAGGUCCGUUGGCCAUCACACAGAUGGUUCAUACAUAUGAAAAUCAUCCAAAAGAGGAGACAGGAAUGGAGUCCACACCCUCUCUGGCUUUCAGACUUUGGGCCUGGACAUCCAGCCCUGGUCUUUUUUGGUCCUACCAACACACCUCUUCAACUGUAUUCAGCUAACAUUUAGUGUCUAUGGGGCACGCUUUCUGACUUGGCAUAGGAACAGCGAGAGCCUGCCGAAGCAGUAGUGCCAGAGGAAGGGGAAAAUAAGGAAGCCUGAGACUCAGGAACUGCAAGGCCUCUUGGAGACCCUUAGCUCCUGGGGAAUAGGCACAGUUUCUCUUUCUUUCAGUAAUCGCAACAACAGCAGGCAUGGCCAUGUGCCUGGUGUGUUUGAAGUGCUGUCCUCACAGAAGCAUUUCACAAGAACCUUCAGAGAGAGGCAUGUCCCACAUAGAAUCCUAGAAGAUGGGGAUGAUUCUCUCCAUUUUAUAGAUGUGGAAGUAGAGGCACAGAGAGGUUAAAUAAUUUGCCCAAGGUCAUACAGCUAGUAAGGGGAGGAACUGGUGUUUGAAUCCAGGGUUCUCUAGUCCAUGAGUUUAAGAUAUACAUCAUACUGCUUUUUGGUAGGAAGGGAGGGAGUGAACAAAUGAGUCUGGGAUUGGUGGCAAGCCAGACAGACAAGGCCCCCACGGGCAGCAUGAGGGGCAUGUUGGAGUCGGCAGAGUUAAGUUGCAAUUCCAGCUCUGCCACCUCCUGCCUAUGAGACCUGGGGCAGUAACCUAAUCCAGAAGGGCUCAUAUCCUCAUCUUCAAAAUUGGAAUAAGGCCAUUGUGGGGAUUCAGGGAGAUCAUCUCUGUAAAGCUUUUAGCUCCAUGCCUAGUAUCCCGUAAGGGCUCAGUAAGGGUUCACGGACACUCUGCAGAUAGAGGGUAUUAAUAUGGCAUUAUUGCAGCUGUACUGAUCAAAAGUCCAUGUUGACAGGAACUAGAAAGGUAUAUGAAAACAGUUGUUAAAGAUCGGAAAAGAAUUAGUUUCUUCAAUGCUUUAUCAUUUCUUUAAAAAUGUUCCUAAAUGGAAUAAAUAAAAUAUAAAUGCAGUCGUUGUUAAGUGGUCUUUUAGCCCAUUGCUUCAAAGUCUUAUCUUAUGGGGCAUUAUUUCUACCUCUGCAUAAAAGAGCACUUCAGGCCUGUGAUUAUAGUUCUGUCAAUGCUGAAUUUGCUAGGGGUUUGAGUAAAUUUGCAAUGAGAAAAAAAAGGGAAGUUUUAAAAAAUGACUUUGUAUUUUGUGGCUUCUGUAUCUGGAAAUAUGAUAAAACUGAUUUAAAAUGUUAUGUAGUUACAAUUUCAUAAAUGCUAGAGGGAUCAUCCCAAUCAAAGAGAGAUGCAAAGAAAAUUAAAUCAAGAAGUUGUUGGUGGGAUACGGCUUUCUCCUCUUUAAAGGCUACGAGUGGUGUGUUGGAGUUUAAAUUCUUUGAGUAUUGGAACCAGAACAAGUCUUCAGGACCGAUGAUUUUUCCUAUGGUUUUUGUCUGUUGGAACCUCGGGAAGGGAAGACAUCAAAGAGAGGCAAUUUCUGGAUGGCAGUGCACAUUCAAAAUUGGGGAAAGCAGUUAAAUUGCCAGUGAGCCCUAGUGGAAAUCAAGUGUCUGAUGCAUGGAGACUGAUGACUAGCCAGUCUGAUGCACGUGGUUUGGUGCAAGUCGGUUCGGACUCCAGGACUGACAGCAGAAAACAGAAGCUUUGCUCAUCGCUUGGACCUGGACCUUGGCUGUCGUGUAUUGCAGUAUGUCUUUCUUCAACAAGCCAAAGAGAAGAAGCUGGCUGUCUUGGAAUCCCAGAUUCCCUGAUUCUUUUUGUCUGGACGUGACAAAGCUAAAAACUGUUACAGGUUGCCGGUAGCUGUUUCAGUCCCAGCAGGAGCUGUGCUCCCCUGGAAGCAGACCCAGGCUCUGUGAACUGGGCUCGGAUCCUGCGACCACUGGGAUUUAGGACCCCUUCUUCGGAACUCUAAAGAAUGAAAACCUCCAUCGUGGAUGCUGGCUGGACCAUCAGGCCACACUCACAUCCCCACAGAAGAGGGCUUGUUCUCUGACGGGACCAUCAAAGAUCAAGCUGCUGGUCAGCUCUUAUGUGGAGGCUACCCGCAUCCUAAUUUGUGAUCCCUGCCAACAGCUGCACGUUGCGGGGAUGGCUCAUCACAGGGAGUGUGACCCCUUCACUUGCUGUUGACAGCUCAGACUCUGGGCCUUCUUGACAGGGAUGUCUCACUGCCGCUAACUUGUGUUCGGCUUUCUAGAUUAGUUGCAACUCAUCACAGUGGGCUGAUAGCCUGAUUCUACUUCCUUACUACACACUGUCGCCGCCUCGCCGCCCCAUCCAUACUUGGUAAGGUCGGUUCAUUAUCUGAAUAGAGCUGUCUCCAGAGAGGGAUUGAUCAAGGCUGGUCACUGGAUAAAAGGAGCGGGAGGUACUGUGAACCCAUUUUGAAAUUUUUUGAAAAUUCAGGCUUUCAUCCUCAUUAGUCGGCUAGGGCUGCCAUCACAAAAUGCCAUAGACUGGGGGGGGGGGGGGGGGGCUUAAAUAAUAGAAAUGUGUGUUCUCGGUUCCGAAGGCCAGAAGUCCAAGACCAUUGUGUCGGCAGGUUUGAUUUCUCUUGAGUCUUCUCUCCUUGGCUUGCAGAUGGCCACCUUCUCGUGUGUCCUGCCAUAGUCGCCCCUCGGUGUUGUCUCCUAAUCUUCUCUUCUUACAAGGACGCCAGUCAGAUCAGAUGAGGGUCCACCCUAGUGACCCCAUUUUAAUUGAAUCACCUCUUUGAAAGCCCUGUCUCCCAAUACAGUCACAUUCUGAGGUACUGUGGGUGAGGGCUUCAGCAUAGGAAUUGGUGGUAAGGGGGUGGUUAGGGAUACAGUUCAGCGCACAUCCCGACCAAUUCCUGGAUUUGUCUUUCUGGCUAAGUGAGAUAAAAAUGUUUAUCUGCAAAAAUGUAUUUGUGCCUCCUGCAUACAUACCUUUGCAGAUAAAAGGCCUGAAGGAGGAGAAGAGGUAAUUGAAAGAAUGUUGUUGGGUUGCUGAACGUCGGGGCUGCAGAUUUGGUAACAGUAGAGAAAAGUCCUGACACCUGGGGAGCCUUGGGCAAGUCAGGGGUGGCAUUUACAAUCUUGAUUCUUCAGAACUCUAUCUGGAAGCUUUCUGCUCUUCCUGACAUCAGACUCCAGAGCUACCUUCCUGGCACUGGAGUGCUUUAAGUUCAGACCGCCAAGCCUGUGCUCACAGCUGGCACCGCUGACUGAGAGGCCCGGGCUCCUGCACUUUCCACACGCAACGGACACUCACGAGAUGCAUAAACUUGUAUCAUGGACAAGCAGAACCAAGGGCUGGUUGGAUCUUUCAGAUUGGACUGGAAACUCCCGGGCAGGAGGCCACAUGGCAGGAGGCUUACAUGGGGGCCCUGUUAACCUCCACUGCCUAACAUAUGUCCUGCUUGAGGUACCCUAACAUUGCAAACUCAUUUCCCGGGGGACCUUCUGCCCUCUGGGAUUGUACUUCUGUCUUUGUGCCCUCUUGCCACACUGCCUCAGUCCUGGAAGGCUUGAACGUACCAGCUGUGCUGGACUUGAAUUGGUACCUCGGGCCAGGUAGAAAUGAAUCAUACAGAAGUUUGGAGGAAGCCACUUGGCUUUCUAAGAUAGACUGUGUUUGUUUGUUUGUUUGUUUUUAAAUUUGAGGUAUAGUUCACUUAUACCAUAUCUAAAAUAGACUUGUAUUGUUAAUGGGAUUUAUUUUAACUGGCUAAACACGGGACCCCUACGGAGCAUAACUGAGAUCUGUGUACUGCAGGUUGGUCUUAUCCUUUUGCAUAGGGUCCUACCAAUAAUAAAUUUGCUGUAUCGAAGCCUGAGCCAACAGCCUAGGUGGAGGCCGGUACAGAAGAGAGUUAAUAGAGUAGGCCUGACACUGCUCUCCUUGUCUGCAAGGCUGACCCUUUGCUGACACCUGGAUAAUUGGAUGUGGAGAGGGUUCUCAACACUCCCUGAAUGAUAUGAGUGGCUCCCUGUGCCUGAACUGUGUAAAACAAUAUGGUUUAUGCUGAAUACCUGCUUUCCUUCCGGGAAUCCAGAAUUUCGUUAUGUGCUAGACAGAGGGUGCCUACUUGACCAGCCCCUAGUAAAAGCCCUGGGUACUGAGUCUCUAAGGAGCUUCCGUGGCAAAUAACAUUUCACACUUGUUAUCGUAACUCACUGCUGGAGGAAUUAAGUGUGUCCUGUGUGACUCCACUGGGAGAGGGCUCUGGGAAGUUUGCGCCCGGUUUCCUCCGCACUUUGUUCUCUGUACCUUUUCCCUUUGCUGAUUUUGCCUGGUAGCCUUUCGCUGUCAUAAAUUAUAGCCUGAUGACAGUAAGACUCUAUGCUGAGUCCUGUGAGUCUCCUAAGUAGUCAUCAAACUGUGGGCUGGUUUUGGGGGCUCCCAAAACAGGGCACAUGGGGGACUUCUGGGUGUUGGUAGUGUUCUCUUCCUCAUUUUGGGUGUUGUUUACGUGGGGUGGGUUCAAGUUGUGAAAAUUCAUUGAGCUGUACAGUUAUGUAAACUUUUUCUCUACGUAUUUUAAACUUCAAUAAAAAGAUUACCCACCACAAGGAUAAAAAAAUAAUAACUUUUUUAAAAAAAAACUUCCUUUUAUUCAGCAAACAUUUCAGUUACUCCUUUUUACUAGGCAUUGCUCUGGGAGCUUGGGACAUGGGCUAGGAAAGAUGUCAUCCUCACCUCUCAGUUUACUGGGAGGCAGGUAAAGAGAUACUUAGACUAUGGUUGAUACUUGGUCCACUCUACCCGAGACAUCAUAGGGUACAAGGGUGCACAGAAAAAGGGCUUUGAACUUGGGCUUUUUGCUGUUCCAGGUCUGCCAUUCCAGUACUUUGGGAAGUCAGGGAAAUGGGCAGAGAGGGAAAUAGCUGGGCACUAUCACAAACUGGGAAAAUAGGUAGACAUAGAGCAGUGAGACCUUCUAGUUUUUAUAAGGAAAAAACACAAAUCUGAAUUUCUAUGUGAGCUCUCUUGAUUUUUAAGUGCUGUAAAUGAAUCCAAUUUUUCAAUAGUGGGAGGCCAAACAAAACACACCCCUGCAAGCUGUAUGGCCUUGGCCUGCCAGUUUGCUGGGCAUUCUGCCAACCAGCCAUCCUUCCUCUCACCAGAGACUUGAGGGUCCACUGUUUUAUGCCCUGGGAAAUACAGCAGUGAGUAAGCCAGACAACUUUCUUGCAUCGUGGGGGGCCCUGGUACUGUGCUGUGCCUCUGGAACUUCAGAAUGUGUGGGAAUCACCUGGCAGUCACAUUUAAAGGCAGACUCCUGAGUCAGGAGGUCUGCGGUAAGGCCUGAAAUUUUCUUUCUAACAAGUUCCCAGGUGAUGGUAAUGCUGGUGGUCCCUGAACUAUAUAUGCUUGAGUGGAGUUGCUCUAUAUUCUGGAGGGACUUAGGAGCAGCUGGUACUCUGGAGGUAGGGACCGUGCCACGAAAGUGCAUCAGCCUGGCAAGCUCCGUGUUUUUACUUGGAUUUUAGCUUAUUGGGGUGUCUCGGAACAUUGCUGAGGACAGCUCAGCUGUCUCGGAGGCGGCUGCCUGAGGGUGCCCUGACAGAUCUCUAUUCUCAAGAGUUUAUAGUCUAGAAGGCGGGGUGGGGGUGGGGGUGGAGGAAGGUAUUGGGGAAAGCUUCCUGGAGGAGGUACAUGGGAACUGCAGGACCUUUCCCGGCCGCGGAGAAAGGAAGAAACUCUGAACUCCCUGAUCUCCUCCGGCCGAUCUCGGCAUCCGCACGCUGGGUACGGUUUCCCAGGCUUCCCACGUGUCGGCUGUGCACGAGUCCCUGUCAAUCAAGCUUCUCUCCCCAAGCCACCCGGGCAGGGUACGGGUUUAAAGGAGGCCGCGGUGUAGAGCGCUCCCAUCGUGCCGCGCGGCGGGCGGGUUUGGAUUUUAAAUCCCCGCGGCCAAUCAGUGGCGCGCAGGCUCUUGUAACGUUCCCGGCGCCGCGUUUGAAUUCGAGGAGGAGCGAAGCGGUGCCAAGCCUCUACCCAGACCCUGCUAGGUCCGUGGAGCAACUCCGGGAGCAUGAGUGCGGCGGCAACUGCAGGGAAGCUGGCGCGGGCACCAGCGGACCCAGGGAAAGCCGGGGGUCCCGGAGGUGCAGCUCCCGGGGCCCCGGCGGCUGCUCCGCCGGCGAAAGAGAUCCCGGAGGUCCUAGUGGACCCGCGCAGCCGGCGGCGCUACCUGCGGGGACGCUUUCUGGGGAAGGGAGGCUUUGCUAAGUGCUUCGAAAUCUCGGACGCUGACACUAAGGAGGUGUUCGCGGGCAAGAUCGUGCCUAAGUCUCUGCUGCUCAAGCCGCACCAGAAGGAGAAGAUGUCCAUGGAGAUAUCCAUUCACCGCAGCCUCGCCCACCAGCACAUCGUAGGCUUCCACGGCUUUUUCGAAGACAAUGACUUCGUAUUCGUGGUGUUGGAGCUCUGCCGCCGGAGGUCUCUCCUGGAGCUGCACAAACGGAGGAAAGCACUGACCGAGCCCGAAGCCCGCUACUACCUUCGGCAGAUUGUCCUUGGCUGCCAGUACCUGCACCGAAACCGGGUUAUUCACCGGGACCUCAAGCUGGGCAACCUUUUCCUGAAUGAGGAUCUGGAGGUGAAAAUAGGGGAUUUUGGACUGGCAACCAAAGUGGAAUAUGACGGGGAACGCAAGAAGACCUUGUGCGGGACUCCCAAUUACAUAGCUCCUGAGGUGCUGAGCAAGAAAGGGCACAGUUUCGAGGUGGACGUGUGGUCCAUUGGGUGUAUCAUGUAUACAUUGUUAGUGGGCAAACCACCUUUUGAGACCUCUUGCCUCAAAGAGACCUACCUCCGGAUCAAGAAGAAUGACUACAGUAUUCCCAAGCAUGUCAACCCUGUGGCCGCCUCCCUCAUCCAGAAGAUGCUUCAGACAGAUCCUACUGCCCGCCCCACCAUUCAUGAGCUGCUCAAUGACGAGUUCUUUACUUCCGGCUACAUCCCUGCCCGACUCCCCAUCACCUGUCUCACAAUUGCACCCCGGUUUUCCAUUGCUCCCAGCAGUUUGGACCCCAACAGCCGGAAACCUCUCACAGUCCUCAAUAAAGGCACGGAGAACCCCAUGCCUGAGCGGCCCCGGGAAAAAGAGGAGCCAGGAGUCCGGGAGACCAAUGAGGUGGUUGACUGCCACCUGGGCGAUAUGCUACAGCAGCUACACAGCGUCAAUGCAUCCAAGCCCUCAGAGCGGGGGCUGGUGAGGCAAGAGGAGGCUGAGGAUCCUGCCUGCAUCCCCAUCUUCUGGGUCAGCAAGUGGGUGGACUAUUCGGACAAGUACGGCCUCGGGUACCAGCUAUGUGACAACAGCGUGGGGGUGCUCUUCAAUGACUCGACGCGCCUGAUCCUCUACAAUGACGGUGACAGCCUGCAGUACAUAGAGCGUGAUGGCACCGAGUCCUACCUCACCGUGAGCUCGCAUCCCAACUCCCUGAUGAAGAAGGUGAGCGCCACCCGGUGGCUGGUGGCCGCGUGGUCUGGGGCGGCCGAGAGGGAGGCCCGUGCAGGGCGGUUAGGCUCUAGCUCUGGCCUCCCUCCCUCCUUUUCCAACCAGAUCACCCUCCUGAAGUAUUUCCGGAACUACAUGAGUGAACACUUGCUGAAGGCGGGGGCCAACAUCACGCCCCGGGAAGGCGAUGAGCUCGCCCGGCUACCCUACCUGCGCACCUGGUUUCGCACCCGCAGUGCCAUCAUCCUGCACCUCAGCAAUGGCUGUGUGCAGAUCAACUUCUUCCAGGACCAUACCAAACUCAUCCUGUGCCCACUGAUGGCAGCCGUGACCUACAUCGACGAGAGGAGGGACUUCCGCACAUACCGCCUGAGCCUGCUGGAGGAAUACGGCUGCUCCAAGGAGCUGGCCAGCCGGCUCCGCUAUGCCCGCACCAUGGUGGACAAGCUGCUGAGCUCCCGCUCGGCCGCCAACCGUCUCAAGGCCUCCUCGUAGGACUUCCUCCCCUCCGGACUGGCACCCCUUCUCACCCCCACAGCACCUUGGCUUGCACUGGUUAGCUCCCCUCAUGCCGUUUUCUAGAAUAUGCCCCCCAGCCCUGGGGGCUGGGGAGAGCUCCAUCAUCCUUGCUGGUGGGGGUCGUUGUGUAAGUUAUUUUUGUACAUGUUCGGGUGUGGGUUCUAUGGCCUCUUCCCCUUGCCCCUCAGCCCCACCAUAUGUAUUGUACAGAAUACUGCUCUUGAA